AUGGAAUCUACAGAGUACAGGGGCCACGCGAAUGCCUACGUCAAAAAUCUGUCACUAAACGACCUAUUGAAGUAUGGAGCCGUUGUUUACGUUGGUGGUGAUGGAUUGCUCCAUGAAAUCGUGAACGGACUAUACAGUCGAGGAGACUUAACGACCAUCCCAUUGGUUGGGUGCAUUCCGGCGGGUAGUGGAAAUGCCUUAGCCUCCACUGUUUGCUACAGAUCUGGCCUUUCAACGUUGCGAGAAUUCCUCCGAACCUGUUGUAUCUUGCUGACACUACCACAGUCACCGGAUGAGGUUACAUACAGUCGGCCCACGACACCUUUCCUCUUACGUCGUUACAUGCAGACUCAUCAGCCGAUGCUCGUGGAAGCGGAUGUCUGGCCUGAACCCAAGAUGUGUUCUGUGUCCAUCACGUGGGGCAUUGUUUCGGAAGUGGAUCUUCGAAGCGAGUUUCUUCGUUGGAUUGGAAGCAUUCGUUUUGCUCUCAUAAUUCUGCCCAGUUUGAAUGAGAGUGUACCGGAGGAAUGGAUUAGCAUUACCUCCAGCUUCAUUGGAAUAAAUGUUAUCCAUACCUCGCAUUUGGCUACUGAUGGUGUCUACUUUGCAAGCAAGACCCUCGGCUCUGAUUACAUGAUUCUCCAUCUAAUGCCCUUUAAUAUGUCCAGGUCAGAGCUGAUGCGGUUAAUGCGGACCAGCUAUAACGGACAUAGCUCGGAAUGUUCAAAGACUGGAAUUGCUCUUUCCGUCAAGGCUUUUCGCAUCUCCACUGAUACGGCGACCUCGCGGUUGCCUUUCAUGUGGAGCGCCGAUGGAGAACCCUUUGAGGGAAUCGCAACAAUGCAAGCCCAGGUGUAUCAUAGAGGAUAUCCCCUCAUUGCUCUUCCGCCGGUUUCGCGGAAUGCGUUGAAUCAUGCUCCCGACUUCGACUAG